AUGUCUGAUUCAAGCAGCCCGGAAAAGCCCCCUGAGGCUACCGGCGCAAUUGCAGAGACCUCACCUAGCAAGGUCACAUCCCAGGAAGACAACGUCUCAAAACCGCGCAGAGAACUGUUCAUCCGAUCGCUUCCCGCCUCAGCGACGACCGAGAGCCUCGCCGAACACUUUUCGCAGUCCUACGUGAUUAAGCAUGCCGUUGUCGUCAUCGACCCCGCUACAAAGCAGUCGAAGGGUUACGGUUUCGUGACAUUCGCCGACGUCGAGGAUGCUAAGGCCGCGCUGGAAGAGUUGAACGGGUCGACGUUCCAGGGGAAAAAAAUCAAGGUUGAAUAUGCGCAGCCUCGACAGCGUGUUGUCGAUGAGGCUGCUGGAAAGAGCGUCCCGUCUGCUGCGGCGCUCGAGCGCAAGAAGCAGCGGGAGCAGCAGAAGGCCGAUACACAGCCGCCGAAGCUGAUUGUGCGAAACCUGCCAUGGAGUAUCAAGACUCCUGAUGACCUUGCGCUGCACUUCCGAAGCUUUGGUAAGGUCAAAUACGUCACUCUUCCGAAGAAAGGGACUCAGUUGGCUGGUUUUGGUUUCGUUGUGUUGAGGGGAAAGAAGAACGCGGAAAAAGCCCUGGAGGCUGUGAACGGCAAGGAGGUCGAUGGGAGGACGUUGGCUGUUGAUUGGGCAGUGGAGAAGGAGGUUUGGGAGAACCAGCGGAAGGAAGAGGAGCAGGAAGAACCAGAGGUCAAGGAAGAGUCAAGCGAUGUGGACAUGGAAGACGGAGGUGUUGGCUUGGAUAACGGCGAGCUUGAUGAGGACAUGAGCGAGGAUGAUGAUGAGGACGAGGAUAACGAAGAAGACGAAGAGGAAGAGGAAGAGGAAGAAGAGCAGGAAGAAAAGGAGGACGAGAGAAACGCAUGCACGAUUUUCAUCCGCAAUUUACCAUUUACAUGCGACGAUGAAUCACUCUACGACCACUUCACCCAAUUCGGACCACUCAGAUACGCCCGUAUCGUCGUCGAUCCAGAAACCGAACGGCCCCGCGGUACGGGCUUCGUCUGCUUCUGGAAGCCCGAGAACGCGCAGGCCUGCGUACAAGACGCUCCCAAACAUCAGGACCCACUUGCCGCAGAGAAAGAGAAGGGCAAGAAGGGCACUAUCAUCAAGCAGUCCGUUCUGCAAAAUGAAAACGCCGAUCCUACAGGUCGCUACACCAUCGACGGCCGUGUCCUCCAGAUCAGCCGGGCCGUGAGCAAGUCCCGCGCCACACAGCUCCAGGAAGAAGGUGUCUCGAAGCGACUAGUCCGCGACACCGACAAGCGCCGACUGUACCUCCUUAACGAAGGAACCAUCUCCCCCAGCUCAUCCCUCUACCAGAAUCUCUCGCCCUCGGAAAUCAAGAUGCGCGAAGACAGCUUCAAGCAGCGCCAGAAUUUCAUCCGCAAGAACCCCUCCCUCCACUUUAGUCUCACCCGUCUCUCCGUCCGCAACAUUCCCCGCCACGUCACAUCCAAAGACCUCAAGCAGCUCGCCCGAGAAGGAAUCGUCGGGUUCGCCAAGGACGCCAAGGAAGGCAAGCGCCAGCCCCUCUCCAAGGAGGAAAUGGAUCGCGCGUCUGAAGAGAUGAGGGAGGCUGAGAAACUGCGGAAGAAGAAGGGUGUCGGUGUUGUCCGCCAGGCGAAGAUUGUUUUUGAAGGCCGCGACGGAAGCAAAGUUACUGAAGACAGCGGUGCCGGUCGAAGCAGAGGUUACGGUUUCAUUGAGUACUACACGCAUCGACAUGCGCUUAUGGGUCUCCGGUGGUUGAACGGGCAUGCCAUCAACCCACCGAAGAAUGUCUCCGAGGAGUUGAAGGACAGAAAGAAGAGGCUCAUUGUUGAGUUUGCGAUUGAGAACGCACAGGUCGUCAAGCGGAGGAGUGAGCAGCAGGAGCGGGUGCGCAAUUUCAAGAAGAAGGAUCAAAAGGACAGCGAGGAGGCUCCUCAGAAGGGCAACUCGAAGAAGCAUGACAAGAAGGACGACAAAAAGAACGACCGCGACUCAGAUUCCAAGGGAAAGAAGAGGAAGCGAUCCGAGAACGGCGACAAGGGUCAGGAUACAGAGGAGCAGAACAAGCUUGCGAAGCGUAACCGGAUUAUCGCGAAGAAGAGGAUGCAGCGGAAAUCCCGCAAGUGA